GCAGCUCGGUAGUGGACUUAUAUGGGUCAUGGCAGAGCUCCCGUCUGGACUGUUGGAGGCCUGCGUUGUGGUGGGAGCCUCCGGUGAUAAGCUUCGAGAGAUACACCAGCUUCAGCUCCUGAGCAAGCUAAAAGACCUCCCCCAGCUGGAAGCUGAGGUGCUGCAGGUCCACGCGCCGCCCUUUGUUUCGAAGGAGGCCAGCUCAAAUCAUCUGACUGGCCCGGCUUUCAGUCGUAUCCAGAGGAGGAAAAGUUUCAUCAAGAAGAAGAGGCGUGAUCGUCCUGCAGAGGCAACGGCUAAUGGAGAACCAGCCAGCCGCGUUGAAGGGGCAUCGACCACAGAGGACAUCAGUGUUCCCAAAGACCUGGACCUCAUCGCCCUUCCGCAGCUCUGUUUUCCCGGUGGUCUUCAGUUAGCCAGAGAGCAGAGAGAAGAUUCGUACCACUACCUGGUUUUCACUGACCUGUUUGGGAAUCGGUCGCAUGGUGUCGUGGUGCAAUACUACAGAGCUGUACAGUCCUUUCAGGAAAGCGGCAUCCAGAAUGGUCACAGGGGGAAUUUGUCGAAGUCCCGCCUCUACACACCCUUUGCUGUCUGUGUGAUCUCCAAGUUCCCCUACUACAACGCCCUGAGGGACUGCCUAUCAUGUCUCCUUGUCCAUUUACGACUCGGUAGGCAGUCUGAGUUUGAGGAGAAGGUCAAAGAGUUCUCAGCCAAGUUGUCCCUGGUCCCCAUACCACCUCCUGGACCUCUACAUGUGUUGUUUAGUCUCCGUCCCCUCCAGGUUGUUCUCCCCUCCAAAGAGCAUCAGGACAGACCUGUUAUUGACAUAGACCUACAUCUGCCAUUUCUCUGUUUCACAUGCACAACACUGUUACAGGUCUUAUCUUGUGUCCUCCAAGAGCAGAGACUGGUCUUCUUCUCAGCCGACUGGGCCAAACUCACCCUGGUAGCAGAGAGCCUCCUGCUUUACCUACAGCCUCUGAGUUGGCAGCAGCCUUAUGUCCCUGUCCUGGCUAGGGGGAUGCUGGACUUCCUUAUGGCCCCUACCGCCUUCCUGAUGGGCUGUCAUAUCAGCCAUUUUGAAGAGGUCGCUGCUGAGACGGAGGACUUAAUCCUGGUGAAUAUUGACGACGGCAACAUUCAGUCUUCAUGGUCUGAAACCAUCGAACUACCAACUAUCCCUCUUAACGCUGCUGACAGCUUUAUAUCAAGGGCUGAAUGCCUCCAGCUUCAUUAUGACCUGGAGCUGUGUCAUCUUGGAGUGGGCACCGAUGCCAAUGAGCUAAGGUGCCAACGCAGAGACUGGCAGAGACGCCUUAACACAGAGAUUCAAAACAUCACCCUGGAACUAGUGGUAAACAUAUUCAGAGAGGUCCAGGACUUUUUGAACUAUGAACACAGAGUUUUUAAUAGCGAGGAGUUUUUGAGGACCAGGGAACCAGCAGACCAGCCCUUUUACAAGAAGGUGUUAGACACCCAUAUCUUCCACUCCUUCCUGAGAGAGAGGCUGAACAGGAAACCGGAUGCCUUCAGCCGCAUGGAGCUCAACACUCGCAAUAAUGCACAGAGGAUGCGCGGCAUGACUGAGUCUCCCCGGCGUCCCCCCAUGUCUGAACUGUCUAGGAGUGGCUACACCAGCUACACCAGCCCUGAGGAUAGGCUUAGCAGGAGACUGGGAGCCAGCCUGCCCAAUCUGGAUCAACCUGCCUCAGACAGCCUGCCCAAAAUCUCCAACAGACCAGCCUCACUCAGGAAGAUCACUCCAGAUGCUGGUUUGAAGUUCCCCCAGAAAGUGGUGAAGGUUUUCCGUCUCCCAGAGUUCCCCCCACCGCUAGCCUACCAGUACGUCCAGAACUACUACUCUGACAUGGUUAUUUCCUUGGGGAAGGCUAUCAGUGCCUCACCAUCAGAUGACUCUGCACUACUGGCCAGGUACCACUACCUGCGUGGCUUGGUAAACACAGUGUCCAACAGGCGUCUUGAUGCCCUGGAGGACUUCCAAAGUCUUUAUAAGACCGACUCAGACAUCUUCCCCUCCCAGAUGGUCAAGUCCCUGGUCGACUCUCUGCUUGAAUCUGAGCGCAUACAGGCUGACAGGCGCCCAGAAUUGAAACACCUCAUCAGUCGCGUCAAGAGGGACCAAGAGCGGGAGCGCUCCCGUAACGGCAGAGAGCAGGAGGAGGACGCUGUUAAGCGUUUCCAGCUGCCGAAAAAACACAUGCAGCUGGAGGAGUUCGUUAAAUGUGUCCAGGAGUCUGGCAUCGUAAAAGACCAAGGAACCAUUAAUAGACUCUUUGAUGCCCUGACCGUAGGCCACCAGAGGCAGGUUGCUCCUGACCUGUUCAGAGUUUUCUACACCAUCUGGAAGGACACUGAGACGGAGGCACAGGAGGUGUGCCUGCCCACUUCUGUGCUGGAGCACAUCGAGCCCAGCGAGUGCGUCUUCAAGCUGUCAUCGUCUGUCAAGACAAGCCGCGGCGUCGGAAAAAUCGCCAUGACUCAGCGGCGGCUGUUCCUGCUGACCGAUGGGCGGCCGGGAUACGUGGAAGUAGCCCAGUACCGCGAUAUUGAGGAGGUGAAGGUGUCCUCUGCUCCUUUCUUGCUCCUGCGGAUCCCAAGUCUGAAGCUUCGUGUCCGCGGCAGGAAAGAGGCGUUCGAGGCCAACCUGAAGACGGAGACCGAACUCUGGAACUUGAUGGCCAAAGAGAUGUGGGCCGGACGCAUUAUGGCCGACCAGCACAAGGACCCUCAGUACAUGCAGCAGGCUCUGACGAAUGCCUUGUUGAUGGAUGCAGUGGUAGGCAGCCUUCAGAGCAGUAAGGCCAUCUACGCUGCCUCUAAACUGGCCCACUUUGACCGCAUGAAGAUGGAAGUGCCAAUGAUGGUCCCCAAGACAACGGCGGAGACGCUGAAACACAAAAUCAACCCUUCUCUUGAACUCGCAGCUCCACAAGCUGUGGACGUGCUACUGUACACACCAGGUCAGCUGUGGGUGUCGCUGAGUGGGGGGAAAGUCAUGGUGUUUGAUGCGUCAAGCUGGUCCCUGACACACACCUGUCUUCAAGUAGGGAAUGCAAGACUGAACUGUAUGCUGGGGGUCGAUAAGGACCAGGUGUGGAUGGGCUCUGAGGAUUCAGUCAUUUACAUCAUCUGCAUGAUGUCCAUGGUCUGUAACAGACAGCUGACCGAGCACAGGGCUGAGGUCACCGGACUGGCCCUGGGCAAGGAUAAAUAUAGCCAUAAGGUGGCGUAUUCCUGUAGUGCAGAGGGAACCGUCAUGGUGUGGGACGUAGCCACGUUGCAGGUAAAGAAGCAGUUCCGUCUGUCUUGUGGCCGUUUGCUGUCUGUCAGCAACUACAAUGGAACCCUGUGGUGCUGUUCCAGGGACAGUAUAAUGGAGGUAUGGAGGAAUGGCUCACUGAAAAAUCGUCUGAGUCUCCUAGAGCAACAUAAAGGAUCGACAACUUUGUUCAGCUCUUUACUGCUUUUACCUGAGAUAGAGGAGCUGUGGAGUGUGAGUGUAGACUCCGGGGAGGUGUGUGUAUGGCAUUUAACAGACACUAGCAAACCGUACCAGCGUGUGGUGCUACAGGAUUGCACCGGGUGUUACUGCAUGAUUCGAGUUAAAAAUCAGGUCUGGGUGGGUGGUUUAGGCCGUAGCUCUGGCAAAGGGAAGAUAUACAUAUUGGACAUGGAGGGCCACCUGGUGUUGAAGGAGCUCCAUGGCCACAGCGACAGAGUCACCGCACUUUGCUCCGCUGAGGAUCGGUACGUCCUCAGCGGAGCCGCCAAGCACGACGGCAAGAUCGCCAUCUGGAAAGUGGAAUAGAGAAGGAGUUAAAGUCUCCACACAGCUUGGAUAGAGGACUGAUGGCACUAGAUGGCGGGAGAAAGCUUAGAUGCACCACUCCAACACUCCCAACAGAUUCACAAAUUUAGGAAGUUUGGAAAAGACAAAAGUAUAAAUCCAAACCAUUUUGUAGAGGUAUUUGCGAACAAUGGGCAAAUUUAAACUUAUCAGGAUUCCCAUCAUGCCAUGACCAGAGCUAUUCCUGUGUGAAAAGAAAAAUGAAAUCUUGAAAUGGCCCUUUUUUAGGGCCCCUAUGCAACUCCUUAAAGGCUGCUGGGACCACCUUUAUACCCCAUGGACCUGUGUUCUCAGUCGAUGAGAGGAAAAUGAAGCCAAGAUUGCCGUCUUGAACAUGCAGUAGAGUUUGUGUCCACAGCCUUAGCCUGUGUCGGCAUGAGGACAUCAUUCACAGGGAAAUAGAGGUCAUGUGAUGCGAUAUUUGGGGUCUGCAGCCAAUCGGGGCAGUCAGAAGAAAUGAAAAGGUAAACUAUUGUUUACAGUAAUUUUUCACAAACUGAGCCGUUUUUCCUACCCAGUAUGAAAAUGUUAUUUUUUUGGAAAACUUGACAAUAUCAGCAAAUUGUUCAUCGCAUAUCUCAAGAACAAACACACAAAAUGUGACAUAUCUGGUGGGCAUAGAUACAGUUAGUCCAAGGGACCACUGUACUUUCCUGAUAGAGGGUGGAUUUAUCCAAAAUGCAUCACAAUACCCUGUGCACAUAUAUUUUAUGAAUGGCCCCAGUAGGGAAUAAAAUGAUAAAUAAGAGCAAUGUUGGAACAACCUCAUUUUACUCCCUUGAAUCUCAAAGUGACUCGUAUUAUUUGGGAGCUUGGUGGGAUUGAACCUUACUCUUGUGUGUUUGCAGAAGUGCAUACGUUCGACUCAAUCAAUGAGUUUGCAGUCACUGAGCAUAGACCCAGAUUUCUGUUGAUGGAGGUAGAUGCAGUUAAAGUGUGUUUUUAUACAUAUUUUUGAUAGAAUCUUUCUUGUUUGGAAAAUAUACUGUGCAUCAGGCCCAGGGAGAUGUAUGGGAAGGGAUGACAGGACAGUUUUAAGAGAGCCACUCCCUGUGCAAAAGUGCAACUCCAUGAUCUCCUUUAGUAGUUUGUUUUGUUUUCGAUAAGCUGCUUUAAUGAUGCUAACAUGCUAUAGCAGGGCAACUGAUGGACAAAUGUACAUAAUUAUUUUCCUUACUGUGACCAGUUAUAAUUCAAGAUGUCAAACUGUCAUUUUAACUGCCUAAGAUUCCUGCCUGGAAUAUUUAUAUGCAUUGUAUUAUAAUAAUAUUAUGUUAUCAUUACACGUUGCACUUUCUAUUAAUGUAUCCUAGAUGCGUGCACUUUCAGUUUUUCCCAGUGGCAGUAUUCAACUGGAACCAAAGACAUUUGGGUUUUGUUUUUGUUUUCAUAUUAUCGGUCUUGUUUCUAUGUGCGUGAGGCACGCCAUGUUAAGUUGCUCAGUGGUCAUAAAUGAAAAUAGAACCUCUGCAGAAACCUCAGAGUAAAUCUGUUGGUGUUCGAAGUUUUACAAUACGAUUUGCGAUGUUACGGUCUUUUUCAGGGUCAUGAAACGUUUGCUUUAUGACACAAACUACAUCCGGUAGUCAUAGUAGUAAAGGAACCAAACUGGAGAAAUUAAGCUUCAAAGGUUCAGUGAAAAUUCUGUGCAUAAUAUCGAAAUUUUAUGUACAGAUUAUGUACAGUACUGUGCACGUGACAAAUAAAGUACUUGAACUUGAAAUAUAUUUCUCAUGUACUCUUAACAGACAAUGGAACAUACACACUUAUCCACUGAUAUGUAUUUAAUAGAUUUUUUGAGUAUUUUUAACUGUUUUUACUUACGUUCAAAGACUGAUAGGACCUGUACCUACAUUGCCAAACCUAUUAACCUCAGUUUCUAACUUGGAAAAAAAAAGUGUUUUGUAAAAUAAAUAAAGUCCCUUUAUUGCCUUUGGUUGAGUUUGGUUAGAUUCUCUUGCAGUUCAACCAGAAUAGCGAGUGAGUUUCUUCACAGUUCUAAUAAGAGAUGAGUAAAUAAAAAUCUUUGCUCAGAAAGCAUUUUGAGUCCAACACAAUAAAUAAAUGUUUCA